AUGGGGGUUUGGGAAUUUAAGUACCCGUUAUUGUCUGGACUUGCAGGGAGUUUGGGAGGAUUUUUCAGUAAAGGGAUAACAUCUCCGAAUAUCCCAAUGAGCCACAAUUGGGUUGGGUAUCUCAUUAGGGCAUUAUGUUUAAUACUUAUGUUUCUCUCGAAUGCGAGUGGAGGGUUCUUCUUUGCAAAAGCAUUAAGCGAACUACCGUCUUUAGUGGCGACAAUCACUUCAACAUUAACUGGAUUUGUCUUGUCAGGUCUAAUUGGUAACAUUUUAGGCGAAGAAAUCCGUCUCCAGUGGUAUUUAGGAAUGAUAGUUGUUAUAUGUGGGGUGACUUUGUUGUUAGUUGACAACAACGAGAAAGAAGACUUCGACAAAAAGAAGGUAGAACACGAAAAACACGACAAUGCUUUGAGAUCCAAAAGUGAAUAA